GAGCCACACUUGAGAAUUCUUUUUGUUUCCUCACCGCCGGUCUCGCCCACUUGCUCUGUUGUCUGCUUCGUUGUUACUUUGCUGCGUUGUUUUUUUGGAAACAUAAAAAAAUAAAAUAAAAUAAAAUAAAGGUGAAGCUAGAUCCUCUGGUUUAUAGCCUCUAGAAGGUGUUGUUUGUGUCGCCUAUGCUGGAUUAGGGUAACCCAUUACCUGCUCAGAGGCUCUUUAGUUCUUGGUGCGGUUUAUAUGCUUGAAGAAAUGCCCUUAAAUGGUGGGACUAUCUCUAGGAGAAAAGCAUUUCAUACAAGGUGGUAUUGCUCAAGACCUUCGUUCUGAUGGUCGGAAAAGAUUAACUUACCGGCCCAUCUAUGUUGAAACUGGAGUCAUUCCCCAGGCAAAUGGUUCUGCAAGGGUCAGGCUGGGUGCAACAGAUGUUAUUGCCAGUGUGAAGGCUGAGCUUGGAAAGCCACAUCCGUUACAACCUGAUAAAGGAAAGGUCGCUAUAUAUGUUGAUUGCAGUCCAACUGCGGCACCAAUUUUUGAGGGUAGAGGGGGUGAGGAGUUAUCAAUGGAACUCUCAGUUGCUCUUCAACGUUGUCUUUUGGGUGGUAAAAGUGGAGCAGGUUACUUUCACACUGAAAAAAGUGCUGGAAUUUCCCUUUCAUCUUUAGUAGUUGUGGAAGGAAAGAUUUGUUGGGACCUUUACAUUGAUGGCCUUGUUGUUAGUUCAGAUGGAAAUCUGCUAGAUGCCCUGGGUGCUGCUAUUAAGGCUGCUUUGAGCAAUACAGGCAUCCCGAGAGUUAAUGUUGCAGCCGGUGCCUCAGGUGAUGAGGAACCUGAGGUUGACGUAAGCGAUGAAGAAUUUUUGCAAUUUGACACAUCUGGGGUCCCUGUAAUAAUUACAUUGACAAAGGUGGGUAGGCACUAUAUAGUAGAUGCCACUACAGAAGAGGAAUCUCAAAUGAGCUCUGCUGUUUCUAUUUCUGUGAAUAGGCAAGGGCACAUUUGUGGGUUGACAAAACGAGGUGGUGCUGGUGUAGAUCCAAGCAUCAUUCUUGACAUGAUAUCGGUUGCAAAACAUGUAAGUGAGCAGCUACUAAACCAGUUGGAUUCUGAGAUAGCUGCUGCUGAAGCUCGAGAAAAUGAAUCAUGACAUUGUAACAAUCUUUUAUAUUUUGGUCGAUUUAGGUGUGGCAUAGUUAUGUGAUAAUUGUAUUCUGAUAUCUUUAAAUGACAGUUGAAAGAAAUUGAAAUCUUUGCUUUAA